CCAGUCGGACCCCAACAGCUGGGGGGGUCGGGGUUACCCCCCCCUCACUCCUUCUUCGGACCCCAACACCGCGACCCGCUCAACUUCUACCCCUGGGUGCUGCGGAACCGCUUCUUCGGGCACCGCUUCCAAGGGAGUGAGGUGUCCCAGGAGAGCCUGCUCCUCCACGGCCCCUUCGCCCGGAAACCCAAGCGCAUCCGCACCGCCUUCUCUCCGUCUCAACUCCUGCGGUUGGAACGGGCCUUCGAGAAGAACCAUUACGUGGUGGGCGCCGAACGCAAGCAGUUGGCCAGUAGCCUCAGCCUCUCCGAGACUCAG